AUGGAAGAACCCUCCCUGCAUGGCGGCAUUAAAAGUGGCAACUUUGAUGACCACUCUGGCGUCAAGCCAGCUGCAGACGAGGGCGGCAACAAUGUCGACGACCCGCCGCCUAUACCGAGCGCGAGCUCGUCCAUACAGCUGACUGAUGAACGGUCGGCGGGCGAGUCUCGCUUGGGAAAUACAUCUGAAUUGAAGAAUGGAGAUGGAGAGGGGGAUGUGAAUCGUCGUGCUCACACCUUAGCACGUGCCGAUGUUGCCAGUGAGCUGCAGACCAGUCUCGAGACUGGCUUGACCACUCAAGAGUCUGUCGCCCGACAUGAGAAGUACGGCAAGAACCAACUCGAGACCUCUGGAGGCACCAAAUGGUGGCAAAUCCUCGUGCAGCAGGUCUCGAACAGUCUCACUGUCGUCCUGGUCAUCGCCAUGGCCAUCAGCUUCGGCACGUUCGACUUUAUCGAGGGUGGUGUUAUCACCGCUGUCAUCGUCUUGAACGUGGUCGUCGGCUUCUUCCAGGACUACCGCGCCGAACAGACUAUCCAAUCGCUCCUGGCAAUGGCUGCACCGGUGUGUAAGGUCAUCCGGGACCAAGGUGCCAUGACGACUAUCAAGGCCGAAGAGCUGGUACCGGGGGAUCUCGUCCAGCUCACCGUCGGCGACAUCGUCCCUGCAGAUCUUCGUUUGAUCAGCGGCGUCAACUUAGCUACCGACGAGGCCUUGCUCACUGGGGAGUCGAAGGCGAGUACCAAAGAUGCCGACGCUGUUCUGGAUGAAGUGGACGUGCCUGCUGGUGACCGCAUCAACAUCGCUUACUCCUCCACCGUGGUCACUCGCGGACGAGGCGCGGGCAUCGUCAUCAGCAUCGGCAUGCACACUGAGAUUGGCAAGAUUGCUCAGUUGCUGCGUGCAAAGAAGGAGAUUGCUAACAAGGAGGAAUCGUUCUUCAAGCGUGCCCUUCGUAAGAUCGGAAGCUCCACCAAGAGCGCGCUUGGUCUUGUCGGCACUCCUUUGCAAGUCAAGCUCUCCUGGUUCGCGCUCUUCUUGUUCGCCUUGGCCAUUCUGCUGGCCAUCAUCGUCUUCUCGGUCAGUCUGUGGGACAUUGACGAUGAGACCUUGAUCUACGGUAUCUGUGUCGCGGUGGCGGUGGUACCGGAGAGUCUUAUCGCGGUCUUGACCAUCACUAUGGCUAUUGGGUCCAAAGCUAUGGCGCGCGGAAACGUUAUUGUCAGGAAGAUGGGCGCUCUGGAGGCCAUUGGAGGAGUUACGAACAUCUGCUCUGACAAGACUGGAACGCUCACACAGGGCAAGAUGUUGGCAAGGAAGGCUUUCUUGCCGAGCGGCAAGAUGUUGGCGGUUGCGAAUGAGACGAGUCCAUUCGACCCGACCUCUGGCGAGCUUUCCUCCGAAGGCUCCAAAAUUUCUCUGGAAAGUGUGCAACAGGACGUGGAGCUGAGCAUGUUCUUCCAAACCAUGGCUUUGUGCAAUCUAUCAAAUGUUUUCCAGAAGACGGAAGACGAAGCAAAUGCUCAACCAACCUGGACCGCUACCGGGGAACCCACAGAGAUUGCACUUCAGGUCAUGGCCAUGCGUGCUGGUCACGCCAGGAAGGAAGUGGUCGAACGCGAGGGCAUGAGCUCCGUCACGGAACACUCGUUUGAUUCCUCGGUCAAACGUAUGACAACUAUCUUCCAGAGGAACAACGAACGGCAAAUGAUUGCAUUCACCAAGGGAGCCGUGGAAGUGCUCUUGCCGCUCAUGACCAUCUCGGACGACGUUCGCAAGAACAUCCUCGCUCGCGCGGAUGAGAUGGCUUCGACUGGUCUGCGAGUCUUGUGUCUGGCUUAUCGUGAGCUGUCUUCUGCCGAUUCGGAAUCUGCGAAAGAUCGAGCGUUUGUCGAGAACAAACUCACUUUUGCUGGUCUGGUUGGACUCUACGAUCCGCCUCGCAUGGAGUCUGCUGGUGCUAUCAAGCAGUGCCAGCAGGCUGGUAUCACUGUGCAUAUGCUCACCGGCGACCAUCUCAAGACCGCCACAUCCAUCGCAAAGGAGAUUGGCAUCCUUGGCUCGCACGUAGCCGGAUCGAAUACUGGUUCUGCUGUCAUGACAGCUCACCAAUUCGACCAGCUCUCCGACGAUGAGCUUGACGACCUCGAAACCUUGCCGCUUGUACUUGCUCGAUGUAGUCCUACGACCAAGCUACGCAUGCUCCACGCACUCCAUCGCCGCUCCAGGUUCUGCGCCAUGACGGGCGAUGGUGUUAACGACUCUCCUGCGCUGAAAGGUGCGGAUGUUGGUGUCGCCAUGGGUCUGAACGGCAGUGAUGUCAGCAAGGAAGCGGCAGAUAUGGUGCUGACCGACGAUAACUUCGCCUCCAUCGUCUCGGCGAUCAGAGAGGGAAGGAGGCUUUUCGACAAUAUCCAGAAGUUCCUCCUCCACCUUCUCAUUUCCAACAUCUCCCAAGUCAUUCUCCUCCUCGUCGGCCUCGCCUUCCAGGACCGCGACUCUAACAGCGUCUUCCCCCUCUCACCCAUCGAAAUCCUCUGGGCCAACCUCAUCACGUCCUCCUUCCUCGCCAUCGGCCUGGGCAUGGAGCAAGCCGCCGCCGACGUGAUGGUUCGCAAACCGCACUCCCUCAAAGCCGGCGUCUUCACUAGGGAACUGAUCACGGAUAAAUUCAUCUACGGCACUUUCAUGGGCUGUCUUUGUCUCGUCAACUACGUGAUCGUGGUCUUUGGCGUUGGCGAUGGAGAUCUGGGGUUCGAUUGCAACGAGAGUUACAACGACACCUGCAGCCUCACUUACCGCGCCCGCGGGACGGCAUACUCGACUCUCACCGUCCUCCUCGCCAUCAUGGCCUUGGAAGCAAAACACCUCACCCUCGGCCUCUUCAACAUGGAUCCCACGAAACCCGGCCUCACGUCCGUCUUCUCGACCGUAACGAAGAACCGCUUCUUGUUCUUCGCCGUGCUCGCCGGCAUGGUGACGCCUUUCCCGAUCAUCUAUCUUCCCGUCAUCAACCAGACGGUUUUCCGACAUCAUCCGUUGAGUUGGGAGUGGGGGCUGGUGUUUGGGAGUGUGGUGUGUUUUGUUGCGUUGGUGGAGGCGUGGAAGGGGGUUAAGAGGAGGAAGUUGAGGAAGGCGCGAGGCCGGGAGGAGGAGGAUGGGGUGGUGAAGACUGAGGAGAGUAGUAUUGCUUGA